CUUACUACACCUAUUGUAGAUCCGGCCUAAUCAGACAGAAUUCAGUAGCUUCGAGAAUGUUGUAUACUUGCACAAAGAUGCGUAAGUAAAUAAGGUAGCCGAUGUGCUUUUAUCUUAAUUCAACGUGUUCAAAUUUGCUAAUAAACUUGAUAUUCGUGAGUACAUUUAAAAUAUGAGUGCGUAAUGGAAUUAAAAAAGAAGUAGUAAAGAAAGGCAGAUUGUAGGUUGAGUUUGAUAACCUAACCUCAACAUAUCGAGUACAUUAAUGAAUUUAACAUUAAAUUUCUACGAAGAAAUUUAUUUGCUUUCAUUCCUGAAUUAAAAAUGGAUAAGUUAAGAAGAGCCCUGAAUGGCAACGAACGGUGUGAUGAGGAAAGCGGUAUUAUUACACAGGUUGAUGCAGAUUUCACGGUUAUGGAUCAAACAACGUUAAGUUGGUCUACUAGGAUAAAAGGUUUUGCAAUUUGUUUCAUCGUAGGCAUAUUAUGUUCAUUCCUUGGAUCUUUUGCCUUGUUCUUACAGAAAGGCCUUGCUGUAUUUGCUGUGUUUUAUACUUUAGGCAACAUUAUUUCUUUAGCCAGUACGUGUUUCCUGAUGGGUCCAUUUAAUCAAUUUAAGAAGAUGUUUGCAUCGACAAGAAUAAUUGCAACUAUAUUAGUAUUUGUUUCUAUUGGUUUAACAUUGUUUGCAGCUUUACACUUGCACAAUCCUGGCCUAGCUCUUUUAUUUAUAAUUAUUCAGUCGCUAGCUAUGACAUGGUAUUCUCUAUCAUAUAUACCAUAUGCUCGCGAUGCUGUUAAAAAGACAGUGGAAGCUUGUAUUACAUGAAGAAAGUAUAUUUCAAUAUAAAAUUUUUCACUUAAUUUUUUUUUCACCAAAUUUCUUUUACUAAUGUAUCGUUUAAAUCUUUGGAUUUUUUAAUACUCGAGUCGUUUUGUAAUACUUAACAUUGAUUAUACUCUAUGUCUAUAAAUGAUAAACAUUAAUACAGUCUAAGAAUAUAAAUAAAUUAUAAUAUAAAAUGAUGUAAUAUUAAUUUGUGCUGUAUAUAAUAAGUAAUAUAUUUACUUUCGUGUAAUAUAGCUAAUAGUUUAUGUACAAAUAUCUUUACUAGAUGCAAGUUAUCUAUACAAUAGAACAACAGAUGUAUUCCAGCAUUUAUUCAAUAUUUUUGAUAUAAACUUCUUGUAUACAUAUAUUAUACCUGUAAUUAUAUAUUGUAUUAUAUCAUUGA